ACUUUCUUCCCCACCAACCUCUCUUUCUUUCUCUCUCUCUCUCUUUCUUUCUCUCUCUCUCUCCUACCUCCCUCGUCCACUCUCGAAUUCUGAGCUUCUCUGACACCAGAAUCAGAACCCUGAUUUCGAAUUUCCCUGUACCAUGCCAUGCCAUGCAUCAUUCAUCAUCCUCCAUCGCGAACCCCAUCGUCAUCAUCACAGCCGCUCCCAUGCUUUCAUGCAUGCUAUGAUCGAAUCUCCAUCAGCAUCAUUGCUCUUCUUUCUCUCUCAUCUCUUCCUCAGUUUCGCUCCUGUUGAUUUCUUUUGCCUCCCAUAUAACAAAAGCGCCGGUCUUGGAACCCAUUCCGCUGUUAACACAAUGGCUAGAUCCCUUCAUCCCACCGAACUUCUUGUCUUCUUCCUCCUCCUCUCCUCCGCAACGCUAUCACUCUCCGCUGAGCCUCUCAACAUGGAAGUGCAAGCUCUUAUAGCUGUAAGAGAUCUCCUCAACGAUCCCCAUGGGACGUUAAGCAAAUGGGAUGAAACAUCUGUCGAUCCCUGCAGCUGGUCUAUGAUCACUUGCUCUUCAGAGAAUCGCGUCAUUGGCCUGGGAGCGCCAUGCCAGAGACUCUCCGGAACUCUAUCUCCGGCGAUUGGGAACCUCACGAAUCUGCAGCAAAUAUUGUUGCAGAACAACAAUAUAACUGGAGAGAUCCCAUCAGAGCUAGGGCAUCUCCCAAGGCUUCAGACCAUGGACCUCUCGAACAACCGUUUCUCUGGCAGCAUACCAGAUUCUUUUGGUCGCCUUACGAGCCUUCGCUAUCUGAGACUCAACAACAACACCUUGACUGGAGCUUUUCCUUCAUCUCUCUCAAAAGUCCCCCAGCUCUCCUUCCUGGAUUUCUCUUACAACAAUCUAAGCGGCCCAGUCCCUUUUUUCCCGGCUAGAACCUUCAACGUGGUCGGGAAUCCACUAAUAUGCGGCGGUGCCCAUUUUCCGGCUGAUUGCUAUGGGACGAUGACACCAGUGUCUCUUCCGUUUCUUCUCGAAUCAAAUCACAGAGAAAUGAGGACGCAGAAACUCGCCAUCGUUGUGGCCUCCUGCGGGGGUGUCGCCGUCGCUCUGAUUCUCUUCGUUUCUCUAGCUCUUUUUGUCCGCCGGCGGAGCCGUCUAAGGCGGCGCUACCUCUUCAGUCUCAACGAGAUGGAGCAGAACGCCGCGGCGGAGGCGGCGGCGGCGGUGGGGAUGGGGAACUUGCGGCGGUUCAGGCUACGGGAGCUCCAGGCGGCGACGGAGAACUUCAGCUCGAAGAACAUACUGGGGAAAGGGGGAUUCGGCAACGUGUACCGCGGACGCCUCGGCGACGGCACGGUGGUGGCCGUCAAGCGGCUGAGAGACGGUGGCGGUGCCACCGGCGAGGCGCAGUUCAGAACGGAGGUCGAAAUGAUAAGCCUGGCGGUGCAUCGCAACCUCCUCCGCCUCAUUGGAUACUGCGCCGCCGCCGGCGAGCGGCUCCUUGUAUAUCCUUUUAUGGCGAAUGGCUCCGUCGCUGUCCGUCUUCGAGGCAAGCCGCCGCUUGAUUGGACGGCUCGGAAACGCAUCGCAGUCGGCGCCGCCCGCGGCCUCGCUUACCUUCACGAGCAAUGCGAUCCAAAGAUCAUUCACCGGGACGUGAAGGCCGCCAACGUGCUCCUCGACGACGCUCUCGAAGCCGUCGUCGGCGACUUCGGCCUUGCCAAAUUGCUCGACCAUUCUGACUCACACGUCACCACCGCCGUGCGCGGCACCGUCGGCCAUAUCGCGCCGGAGUACCUUUCUACUGGUCAGUCCUCCGACAAGACUGAUGUCUUCGGAUUCGGCAUUCUUCUCCUGGAUCUCAUCUCCGGCCGCAGAUCACUGGACUUCGCCGCCCGCUCUCCGCCGCCGCAGAAGACGUCUCUGCUUGACUGGGUCAGGAAGGUCCAGCAGGAGAGGAGGCUGGACUUGCUGGUAGACCGAGACCUCGGCAACGGCUUUGAUCGCAUCGAGGCAAUGGAGAUGGUUCAGGUAGCCCUGCUGUGCACCCAACACCUCCCCGGCCACCGGCCAAAGAUGUCGGAAGUCUUACGGAUGCUCGAAGGCGACGGGUUAGCUGAAAAAUGGGAGGCUUCUAAUCGGCUGAAGCAGAAUCCUGAUGCAAAGGAAGGUGUUCAAGACCUGAGCAACUGCAUGCUCUUUGUGGUGGAUGGAGAAGAUAACUAUGGAGAUAUUGAUGGCAAGUCCAUGGAUGAUGUUGAAGAGAUGGAACUUUCAGGUCCCAGGUAGCAACUAAGCUUCAGAUUGCACAUAGAAGAAGUACUAUGAUUACAAGAUCUAAGCAGGCUCACUAACAUAGAUUGAAACCAGAAUUGCCGCAUGUUUGCUUUUCUUUGGAUAAUUAUAAAAGGAAUGCCUUUUACAAACAAUACUUACAUUUGAGAACAUAGAUUCAACAUCGAUGGAGCUUAAAAUUUCCUA